UUGAACCCACAAGUGUACAUGUACCUGUGAUCAUCUGUUGUCAAACAAGAGUUAUUAAAGCCUAAUAACGAGAAGCCUGUUUCCGACUCACCUUGUGAACGCUACAUUGGUGUCAGAAGUGACUUUUCGAACGGAGGACGUCUAUCCUGACGGGAGUCCGUAACUGCGUCACGGAGCUAGCCGGGAAGCUAGCGGAGAUGGAAAAGUUCAGCAAGAUGGGAGUGAAGCAGGAAAGUAGUGAUGAAGAGGAAGAUGGAGCAUGCGGGUGGUCGAAGGACAUGAGUAGAGAGUUCAUGAGUGCACGGGAGGCGAGAGAGCGCCUGAGAGAGUCGGCGGUGAAGAUGGCUAGAGACGCGGGAAUGUCUCCGUCUUCAGCGGCAUAUCGCGCCAUUUCCAAGCUGGAUGUAAACAACAAUGGCGGCGCCCAUCAACCAGCAGCAGCCGCCGCCGGGUCCGUGAAAACACCCAAAUACUCGGCGAUGGUGUACGGCAGCCUCCAUUUCAUCACCUUCGAUGGGACGGAGUUCUCCUUCCAGGCCCUCGGAGAGUUUGUGAUAUUGCGUCUCUCCUCCUCCAGCGGCUCUAAUAUCUUCACCCUGCAAGGACAGACAGUCAAGCUACACACAGACGCAAAGGGGAUCAUUGAGGUCCCAGUGAUGGUGCGCAUGGCUGCCUUCCAUCAGGGCAUUGGCAAGAUUGAAUGGAGAUGUGCAGAGAAAGGAGAUGGACUGCAGCUUUUUGUAGAUGAUGCCAAUGUCCCAGUCACAGUUGGUGUGGUGCACAUGGGUGAGAGGGACUUUGCUGUGCGCUGUGUGUCAGUGAGUCGUUGUGCGGCGGUGUAUGCCGGUGGUCUCCAUGUGGUGGUGUGGAGGGAAGCCCACAAUCAGCUGGCGGUCAUGGUGGAGGUUCCUCAGACUUUCUACAACCGCACUGUGGGCCUCAUGGGUCAGUGGAGCUCCAACCGCUCCGACGAUUUCCUCAUGUCCGACGGCAGGCUUGUCCCCUCACUGGACCUCUACCCCCCCUCAGAGGCCAAGCUGCAUGACUUCGGCUUGUCCUGGGCAGUUCCCGUCCCAGAGAGCCUGCUGUUCUCUCCACCUCCACUUGCUCCACUGCAGCCUGCCUCCUCUCAGCAGCUCCUGGAGAGCCUCAGUCCUGCGGAGGUGGAGGAGCUGAGGAGAACCUGUAAAGGCAGCAUGCAGUGUGUCCACGACACCAUAGCAACCGGCAGCUCUGACCUGGGUCAGCGCACUCUGGCUGCCAAGAACCAAUAUCAAAAUCUGGCUCUUGUAUACGGUAACAUGCCUCCCAUAGUGACGGAGCCCACAGUGAUUGGCUGUAAGGUCAACUUCACUGUCAACGUUCAGUUUGUUGCUCAGGACCCAAAUGGAGACCCCAUCACCUACUCACUGCUCCACCCCAGGCCUCCCCGGACCUCCAUUGGCAGCAGGGACGGCUUCCUGACCUGGAUGCCCCUCACCACACAGCCAGUCCAGCUGACCAUCAGAGUCAGUGACGGGCUCUCCAGCUCCCUGUUCACCCCCAUCCUGCACGUUUGCAACUGCCUUAACGGAGGGACCUGCCAGUAUGAGAGUGUCACUGAAAACCUCCAGCAGGGGACUUUUCAGGUGGUGGGGUGCCUGUGCCCAAAGGGGUUCAGUGGAAAGUUCUGUGAGAAAACUUCAGACGUAUGCAAAGGCAAACCCUGUUUCCGAGGCGUUCAGUGUCAGUCAGAGACAGAGCCCGGACAGUUUACCUGUGGAGAGUGUCCCAAAAAUGCUGUCUCUGGAGGAAAACAGGGAUACAAGUGCUUUGAGCAUGACAUGUGCAGCCCUCCUUUCCCCUUCCCCUGCCACAAAGAUGCCGACUGCCUCAGCACCAAACAAAACUUCACCUGCACAUGUAAGCCUGGCUUUACGGGAGACGGACGCAACUGCACAGAUGUAGAUGAGUGUGCAGAGCUGGCCACCUGCCCGAAUGCUAAGUUUGAGUGUAAGAACACGCCGGGCUCUGUCGAGUGCUUCUGUCGAUACAAGAAGACCAGGGACACUGAUGGAUGUGGUGACCUUGCCAAUCCUCCAGGGGGAAAUGUGUUCAACGUCUCUGUGGUCUGGGUGCCGAACAGAUCUGAUGGACUCAAACAGCUGGUAGACAUUCUGUCCAUGGGUUUCCAGAACAAAUUCUACAACGCCAGCAAGAAGGAUCCAGCGCAGGGCUGCCCGCCAGGUGUGGCAGAGUAUCGUAUCAACAUGUCCAGUGACACGCCGCACUGGUACAUCAGAGACUACAUGGCCAGAGUCAGCAGCCACUAUAACAUGAGAGGCAUAGAAGUUGAUGAUCUGGAUGAGUGUAAGGCCAAGGAGGUGGUGUGUGUCUAUCCUGCCCUAUGCACCAACACGUACGGAGGCUAUAGGUGUGUUUGCAACGGCACGAUGGACGUUGAGAAGAGCCAGUCCUGUGUAUUAGACAGAGAACCGGUGAAACAGGUGGAAACUGACCUUGUUCUGGGCCUGGUGCUGGGGAUCGGCAUCCCUCUGCUGCUGCUGCUGCUCCUGGCUGCUCUGGCCUGCUUCUGCUGCAGCAAGAAGACUGCGACCGGGGAGCUCCCUCACAUGGUGCCAAACCACAUCCAGGAGCAGUACAACCCCCCGCCCUUCAACUACUCUGACCCCGCCCUGCACUACAUAACCCACUGCAGCCCCCGGAUCCUGGACAACUACACACCCAGGCAACGCUACAGAUAACACACACCUAAACCACACACACACAGACAUAACUGCAAAUCACAAACUUACAAACAAAGCACUUUGAGAGCCAAUGCUUUAUAAAGACAAGCCGAAUGACUCUUAUUUAUAUGGUAACAAACAAAUAAUUAAGCCUGAGUGACUUUUAAAGUCCAUUAUUUCCAUCCUCUCUGCUGAGCAAUGGACCUGCCAAGUUGGAGCAGGACGUUUUUCUUUCUGCCAGGACGACAGUUUACGAUCCGAGUCUGACCCAGCAACAAUCUCUUGGCUGGAGACAGUGAUGAAAAAGUAAACCACUGCAGUGCAGCUGAUAGUAGGCCAACAGCCUCCAUUAUAGCAACAUUAGCAUCCGCCAGAAAGCCUAGCAUCAGGCUCCUCCUGCCAUCUGUUCAUAAUUAAGUUAAGUUCAUUGUGGUUCCAGUCCCAAAAAGUACAGUAAGCCUUCUUUAUUUGCAUCACUGAUAAUCACCCGAACAUAGUUGAUUCAAUUUUGAUUUAAUUUUUAUAGAGAGAAGGUGACACGUUUUUUUUAUAAAAGCAUUCGUCCCACUUAGGGAUAACACUCUAAAUAUUGUUCACCGCUGGAUUGUGUCCCAGUUCAUUAUACACACCAGAGUAAUUCAGUGCAGCUGUCUUUUGUAAAGCUGGACUAUCACUGCAAGUUAAAAAAAUAUGUGUGAAUAUAAUGUCAACCAUUAAAAGCGCCAAUUUGAAGUGAUACCAAAAAAUUAAACAAAUAUUUUCCCUAUUAACUGGAGAGCUAUUAAUUCAUCUAGAUUGGUUUGGUUUGAGUUGCCAAGUGUUUGGCUGUAGUAAUAUAUGCCUUCACUUAAAAUAAAAGAACUACAUUGCACUCUGCUUGUGGUGCUGAAAAAAUAUAUUUGAAAAACUCAACAGAAAUGUGUCUUACCAGAAAUCCUGACCCUUCAGUUUCUGGAGGAAUUAUUGUCUUAAUGACCGCGCAGAAGGAAGAGUGCAUCUACUCUGCUGUCCUUAGUGAAAAGGGGAAAAGAAAAUAGUUUGUUGGCACUUUUAUCUCCGGAAGCACAGUGCUAUCAAAUUCAAAUAGCUUUAUUGGCAUGACCAUAAUGACAUACAACAUUGCCAAAGCUAUACAAUCACAAUAUCUAUACAUGAAUAUACAUUUGGAAUGUAUUGUUAUGUUCAUAUACAUUUUGAACAGAAUCAAGAAUUACGUGUUUUCUUCACAAGGAAAACAAUAUGCUUUUUGGAACAUGAAGUCGAUGAAUAAAUCAAUUGAAUUAUUGAUUAUUGUGCUGGAGGAUAAUGCUGAUAAUAAAUUAUGAUAACUUGAUGUAAUACAUUAAUAAGAAAGAAAAAAAGCAGUAAAAAAGGAGAAAAUAAUGAUAGAAAUGAAAAAGAUGUGAGACCUGGUGUGGAUGUAGCAGGCAGGCUAAUUCUCUCAUGCUGUAGUUAUAUUAUAUUUAAGAUAAGGUAGACAUCUCUACAGCUUUUAUUUCCAACAUUUGGCAACUCACACCAGAACAAUCUAGAUUGAUAAACAGAUAAGAAAAAAAUCAUAAUUUCUUUAUUCCGGGGUUAGUCGGCAGAGCAGAGGCUGUGCCAAGAAGCAACAGAUAUCUGACUGCCUGUAGUCAGUAGAAAAAAGCUCUAACAAGAAACUGUUCUAAGAUUGAGCCUCCAGGGAAAAGAUCAUUGUUGAGAUUUUCCGGGAUCUCUCUUCAAUGGAAAAGCUGACAUACUAAUUUAGAAAAUGCCUACGAGUUACUGAACUGUUAUCGAUCAACUGAGAUUGUACACGUCUGAACGGCCCCUGACUUCUGUUUUCGUCGUAUAUGUUCAAAGUUAUGUAUCGUUUGGGCUGGUUUGUAUGGAUGUUGUCAUGUUCAGUCCAGAGCUGAAACGUAAAAACAAUUAAAAUAAUGAAAAUAAGUGACGCUUUUCAAACACUGAAGCAUAAAAGAGAUUUGUUCUUUUGUUUUUAUUGACAAUCAGGAGAACAUUUAUCAAUCUAUACAGUCGAAUAAACUUCAAUAAGAGCAUCGAAAUUGAAGUUUACUUGCCAAGGUUUUAAAUAAAAAAUUAGUUUUUUAUUUAUUCACGGCUGGAAGAAGUUCUCGGCCUCAUGACGUAAGUAAACGUUAGAAUCCGACUGUGUAAAAAUACUUAAUUACAAGUUAUGUUAGGAAUUUAAAUGCAUGAUAAUGCGUCAUAUAUAUAUUUUAAAAUAACUAUUGCAAUCAAAGUAAAAUAACAAAUGUAAAGCAG